UAAUCAGGUAUCCAGUCAAAUGGAUGGUCAUGGCUGUGUCAGUGAAUAUCGAUUACAAUAAGCAUAAAAUAAACAGGACUGAAGUAGUUUCAUGAAUGUGAACGAUGAAAAAUAUACAAUUUAACAAAAUAAGAAAUUAACCUACAGAAAUAAUUUCUAACGCUAGUGACUGGUAGAUAAACCCGAGAAAAUCCCACAUAGUUCCCUCUAGCGGCCAUUUUGCUCGAGUGGCGUCUUCAUUUCGUAUUUCUAAUACCAGACGACGGUCGGGACAAAAUCCCUGGAGUUAGAAACCUCUUUAUUAUAAUAAUAUCCUUAUAAGUAGAACGAAACGCUUUUCUUAAACUAAGGGAUUUGUUACAUUAAGCUUUAAGUUACUGACACGGGAUAGCGCUGUUGUUAUGGUUACCUCCUCAGGUCAGCUCGAUUUCUGUUCGCGAGUGGUGCAGUUUUCUAACUUUUGUGUUCACUGAAACAUUAUAAAACGUAUAUAAUGUAUUAAAAAUAAUACAUAAACUUGAGAACCCAGGCUUUUUGGUUUACUGGUGUUUUCUAACACUGCUAUCUGUGCCACGUCCCUUUAAAUGAUGUCAGAAGGAAACCCUCAGGUGCUUGGUUUCAUCGAGGGAAUGUCCUGUAUGUGGUUGCUGUUCUAAGAAAACAACAGAAGGAGAAGUUACUCAUCAGAAGUUUAUAGAUCCAAAAGUUUGCCUCAGGAUGAUCAGAAUAGUCCAGCUAUUGUGUCUUUCUGGCCUUCUUCUACAGUGUGAAGGUCAGGGUCUCCAGUCAUGCCUCACUCACCCCACGUACAGACCGGCAGAAAACGCCGACAUGACAGUGAUGUGUGGAACCAAUCAUAUGUUUUUAAAAGUUUUCAUUUGUCCAAUGUAUUUCGGGGGAUACAACGAAUCACUAAUGGCGCUCAAUGCUAAGUUUAACAUCCCAGCCUGCCGUGGAGUAGCGGACUGGACUGUCAAUCCUCCCGUAUUGCUGUUCAACUUCUCAAUCUCUCAGGAGACUCUCACACUUUGUGGCAACAAUAUGAACAUUACAAGUCAAGUGGGAUCAGGAGUAUUCUCAGACUUCUCUCAGAUCCAGUCUGUUAAUGUCUCUGGAUUAAUCAAUUCCUGGGAUCCCAGCACCAGCACUAUCACUUACAGGCAACAACUGAUGUACCAGUUUUCAUGUCUGUAUCCACUGCAGUAUUUAGUCAACAACACUGAGCUCAGCGUUUCAGGAGUGAGUCUAGCAGUAAAGGACAACAAUGGCACCUUCGUCAGUACUCUAAGCAUGGGUCUUUACACUACUGCCAACUAUACUACCAAACUCCAGAUACCAGGAUCUGGGCUGCAGUUGAAAACUCGCAUAUAUGUGCAGGUCAAGGCAACAAAUCUCACAAACAAGUUCAAUGUGUUGCUGGACCGUUGCUAUGCCACAACAAGCCCGUAUCCAACCAGCAGCACCUCUUAUGAUCUUUUUAUUGGGUGUAAUCGUGAUGCCCAGACAAAGAUUGAUUGGAACGGGUUAUCCCAGGAAGCUCACUUCUCCUUUGAGGCCUUCCGCUUUUUGGAACACAAAAACCUGACCAUCUCCACUUUCUACCUGCAUUGUGCUACCCGACUCUGUGAGAACUCCACUUGUGCCUCCUUGCUUCCGAAAUGCGUUACGAAAAGAGAAGCACGGUCUCCGGAGAACAACUCUACUAAUGUUGCCACUGUCUCCUCAGGACCAAUCAGAACUAGAGUUGACAACGGUGGCCUUUUGCCCGCUAGAUUUACCUCAUCAGCAUCCAUCCCUCAGCUGACUUAUGUUGGUGUAGCCACUGGCUUGCUGAGCUUCUUUCUAUUUGACUGGCUGUCUACAUCAGGACUUGCACAGUGAUCUACCUUGGGAUUCUGGAAUUCCUUAUCACUUGACUCAAAACAAUGUUUCUUAGAAGAUAUCUCACCUGUUACAUAAAUGUGAGAAAAUAUAUCAUUUGUCAGUUAUUAGCACCUCAAUUUUAAUGUGGUAAAUAGACUGUUGUUUUGCGAUUUUUAUUUUCUUUUGUUCUAUGUUCUAUGAUCUUCUAUGAGAGCAAGAAAAAAGAAACAUAUUCAAUAUGUAGUUUACAUAUUUUGUUCUUUUGAAAAGACUAUAAUGCAUGUAACACUGCUUUGGGGGGAAAUGUAUGCACUAUGAAUGUAACAAUUUAAGGUUUAAACUUGAAUAAAAAUAUUAGAACCUG